AUGCUCGCCUCAGCUGCAAGCAGUUCCUUCUCGAGGAGGGCAACAGUAGCAGCGGAAGCAGCGGUGUACGAGCGGCCGCGGGCAGCAGUGGCAGCAGCGGCAGUAGUGGCAGCGGCGGCAGCAGCGGCAGCGGCGGCAGCGGCGGCAGCGGCAGCAGCGGUAGUGGCGGCAGCAGCGGCAGCAGCGGCAGCAGCGGCAGCAGCGGUAGUGGCGGCAGCAGCGGCAGCAGCAGCAGCGGCAGCAGCGGCAGCGGCGGCAGCAGCAGCAGCAGCGGCAGCAGCGGCAGCCGCGUACGGGUGGCAGCGGGCCUGCGGGGCCACGGCGGGGUGCGCGCGAGCGGGCGACGGGCGGCUGCAGCAGCACGCGGGCAGCGUGCGGGGCGGGACUGGGUCGCGGGGGCCUCUAAGCGGGGCUCGACGGGGCCGUGGGGCCGCUAAGCGGGGCGCAGCGGGGUCGAGGGGCCGUGUGGUGGCGGGCGACGGGGCCGCGGGGCCUCUAAGCGGGGCGCGCGCGGGGUCGACGGGGCCAGCGGGGCCUCUAAGCGGGGCGCGGGUGGGGUCGACGGGGCCAAACGGGGCCGUAAGCGGAGCGCUCGCGGGUCGACGGGGCCAAACGGGGCCACUAAGCGGGGCGCGAAGGGGUCGACGGGGCCAAACAGGGCCGUGA